CCAGGGCAAUGACUGUGGCCUAACCACGGAGGAAAGGAAUCAGCAGAGCACUGUUGAGAUCGAUAGAGACAUGAGUAUACCACAAGGUAAUUAUCCCUCAUCCCCAGUUAUCAACAAUCUGAUUCUCAAAGCAAGUUUGGAGGAAGUAGGUGUGGACAGAGUUAGGACAUAUAAACCAACGGCCAGAAAAUACCCAGCCAUAAACUACGAAGUAGUCAAAGAAAUUCCUACAGUCCAAG